GGGCCCCCCCGGCCUGGCCUGGUGCCCGUCAGCAUCAUUGGGGCUGAGGAUGAAGAUUUUGAAAACGAGCUGGAGACGAACACAGAGGAGCAAAACAGCCAGUUCCAGAGCCUGGAGCAGGUGAAGCGGCGGCCAGCCCACCUCAUGGCCCUCCUGCAGCACGUGGCUCUACAGUUCGAGCCUGGACCCCUGCUCUGCUGCCUCCACGCGGACAUGCUGAGCACCCUCGGCCCAAAGGAGGCCAAGAAGGCCUUCCUGGACUUCUAUCACAGCUUCCUGGAGAAGACAGCGGUUCUUCGGGUACCAGUGCCUCCCAGUGUUGCCUUUGAACUUGACCGCACUCGGCCCGACCUUCUUUCUGAGGACGUCCAGCGGAGGUUCGUGCAGGAGGUGGUGCAGAGCCUGCAGGCGGCCAUCAGCCGGCAGCUGGAGGACUUCCGCUCCAAGCGGCUCAUGGGCAUGACGCCCUGGGAGCAGGAGCUGAGCCAGCUGGAGGCCUGGGUCGGCCGGGACCGCGCCAGCUACGAGGCCCGGGAGCGGCACGUGGCCGAGCGGCUGCUCAUGCACCUGGAAGAGAUGCAACCUACCAUCUCCACCGAUGAAGAAAAGAGUGCCGCUGUGGUCAACGCCAUCAGCCUGUACAUGCGCCACCUGGGUGUUCGGACCAAGAGUGGGGACAAGAAGUCAGGGAGGAACUUCUUCAGGAAGAAGAUGAUGGGGAACCGGCGGUCUGACGAGCCCCCCAAGACCAAGAAAGGCCUGAGCAGCAUCCUAGAUGCUGCCCGCUGGAACCGGGGAGAGCCGCAGGUGCCUGAUUUUAGACAUCUCAAAGUCGAGGCUGAAGCCGAGAAGCUAAGCUCUACAGAACGGAAGGGUGGCCUAGUGGUGCCUUCUCGGGACCGGAAUGUUGGGGCCCCUGGGCAGGAUGCUCUUGGAGUCCCUCAGCCCCCUCUGUCUGCAGACAGCCCAGACCGAGAACCAGGUGUUGAACCCCCACUGGAGCUGGGGGACCCACCCCCGCAGGGACCAACAAGCCUGGAGCCCCCAGCGCCCCCAGAGAGCACUGAGGAGGGUCCUGAUACAGAGAGCCCUGAGCCUGGAGAUGAGGGGGAACCGGGGCGGUCAGGACUUGAACUGGAACCAGAAGAGCCCCCUGGCUGGCGAGAGCUGGUCCCCCCAGGCACCCUGCAUAGCCUGCCCAAGAGCCAGGUGAAGCGGCAAGAGGUCAUCAGCGAGCUACUGGUGACCGAGGCGGCCCACGUACGCAUGCUUCGCGUGCUGCACGACCUCUUCUACCAGCCCAUGGCAGAAGGUGGCUUCUUCCCGCUGGAGGAGCUGCAGAACAUCUUCCCCAGCCUGGACGAGCUCAUCGAGGUGCACUCCCUAUUCCUUGAUAGCCUGAUGAAGCGGAGACAGGACAGUGGCUACCUCAUUGAGGAGAUUGGAGAUGUGCUGCUGGCCAGGUUUGAUGGCGCUGAGGGCUCCUGGUUCCAGAAAAUCUCCUCCCGCUUCUGCAGCCGCCAGUCUUUUGCCUUAGAGCAGCUCAAAGCCAAGCAGCGCAAGGAGCCUCGCUUCUGUGCCUUUGUUCAGGAUGCGGAGAGCCGUCCAAGGUGCCGCCGCCUGCAGCUGAAGGACAUGAUCCCCACAGAGAUGCAGCGCUUGACCAAAUACCCCCUGCUCCUCCAGAGCAUCGGGCAGAACACAGAAGAGGUUGCUGAACGGGACAAAGUGGAGCGGGCAGCUGAGUGCUGCCGGGAAAUUCUGCACCACGUCAACCAGGCCGUGCGGGACAUGGAGGACCUGCUGAGGCUCAAGGAUUAUCAGCGGCGCCUAGACUUGUCCCACCUCAAACAGAGCAGCGACCCCAUGCUGAGUGAGUUCAAGAACCUGGAUAUCACCAAGAAGAAACUGGUCCACGAGGGCCCACUCACGUGGCGGGUGACCAAGGACAAGGCUGUGGAGGUCCACGUGCUACUGCUGGACGACCUGCUACUGCUGCUGCAGCGCCAGGACGAGCGGCUGCUGCUCAAGUCGCACAGCCGGACCCUGACGCCCACGCCCGAUGGCAAGACCAUGUUGCGGCCGGUGCUGCGGCUCACCUCUGCCAUGACCCGCGAGGUGGCCACCGAUCACAAAGCCUUCUAUGUCAUCUUCACGUGGGACCAGGAGGCCCAGAUCUAUGAGCUGGUGGCACAGUCUGUGUCUGAGCGAAAGAACUGGUGCACUCUCAUCACGGAGACUGCUGGAUCCCUGAAGGUCCCUGCCCCUGCCUCCCGCCCCAAACCCCGGCCCAGCCCUAGCAGCACUAGAGAACCCCUGCUCAGCAGCUCAGAAAGCCCCAACGGUGGCCGAGACUUGCCUCCAGCUGAUGGCCGCCUGGAGAGAAUCCUCAGUGACCUCCUGCCCUUCUGCAGACCGGGCCCCGAGGGUCAGCUCGCUGCCACUGCCAUUCAGAAAGUGCUAUCCAUGAAACAGCUCCUGUUGCCAGUGGAAGAAGACAGUGGGGCAGGGCCUCCCCGAGAAGGGGAUGGGGUGCCGGGUGGCGGUCCCCUGAGCUCAGCACAGACCCAGGAGGUCCAGGAGAAGCUGCUCAGCCUGGAGGAGAACUUGAAGCAGCUGGAGGAGGUGGAGGAAGAAUUUUGUCGCCUGCGACUCGUCCUGUCACAGCUCUGUGGGAACACUGGUCCCUAGCCUGGCUGCACCUGA